CGCUAACGAACUCUUAAACUUAACGGAUUGCAAUGUGUGGUUUUGCAUUCAACUAGUAUUAAAUAGUUACAGUUAUUAAUAUUUCUUUUUUGGUUAAACGAGUAUGGAGCGUCGCUUGACAAGUGAAAAUAAACCGAUUUUAAUGAAAGGCGCUUUGCUCUCGAGUGAAGACGAUGAGCCGGAAACCAUAAUUUUAAGCAACUGUGAUCUAGAACAAAGUGAUAUUGAUGUGCUAACGGCACAUUUUGCUUAUGCAACAUAUUUGGAUGUAUCGUAUAAUAAGAAAAUUGCAUCCAUUAAAUUCUUACUAAUUCCUACAACGCUCUACCUUAAGAACUGCACAAGCCUGCAUGAAAUAAAAUACAGCUUCAGCACAUGCACGCUGAAAAUCCUAGAUAUAUCAGGUUGUCCAAUUGACUAUGAAGAACACCUCAUGAACUAUGACUUUCCGACACUGGAAAGCCUGACACUCAGCUGGCAACCGAAAGUGGAUUGGCGAAAAUUACUAGGCAAACUGAAGGUGUUGCAAAGUCUAACGGUUGAAAACACCGACAGUCGAAGCACUCAACUCACUGGCGCAAAGGGAACACCACAAAGCUAUGAAACGCUGUUAAUGGCGUUGUACGAUUGUAAACACAUUAAAGCUGUCACUUUAGGUGGCAUGCUUAACGCGUAUGAUAUCAGCCAGCUAAGUCAGUUAGCUGACAGAAAACUGUCUUUUCAUAUUAGGCACGAAAGCGGCCAACACUUAACCAGAUUGCAUAACCUACAAAACUUAGAUACAGUCUAUUUGGAGCACGUCAACGCUGUAACAGACAUUGAUUUGUUGAAUUUGAUAAAAAGUUGCGCAAACUUGUCAAAAAUAACGUUGGAUUAUUGUGGAGGCGUAACGAAGGAUUUAAUAUUCAGCGCUGCCGAGUUCUUGCGCGAGCGUGAUAAAAACGAACCACUAAAGGCGCGUCUCAAUUUGGAGAUGUGUGGCUGUGCUGGCAUUACGGAAGAUAUACAGGAGGAUCCGCAAUAUGCAAAGGCUGAAUCUGCAUUGAGCUUAAUACUAUUCUUCAAGUGCAAACAUCCGAUGACUAGCUACAGAAAUGACCUCAUCAUACCCUAUCCACCGCCAAAUGUACAACUGAGCAUUUACGUACUUUUCGAGAUCUACAGGAAGCUCAUAAACCAACCGGUUGCCCAGCGAUUCGCUACCGUUUGUGAAGAUUUCGAAAACGCUGCCAUCGAAGAGGAGCGACAUCUAAAGAUAAUCGCUUGUCGCAGAGCGAAAAUUGUACACAAUGAUAUCUAUGAUGCUUACUUGGAGAUUACGUCUGAAAGAAAAGACUUUUUCAACGAGCUACGCUGCGCAAACGCUACAAAAAUGGUGCUCAGUAAUCGUGUACUAAGCUUUGACACGAUACUUGAAGAUUUUCCAAAAUUGAAGCGUUUAAUAUUGCUAAAUUGCAUUAUCGCUGAAGAAGAGUUACCGAGAAAUAAGCAAUAUAAUAAUAUCAGUGAUUUGGAAGUGUCGGGUGCGACUGCUUUUCGUCUAUGGCAAAGCAUAGCGGUACUUUUUCCGCAUGUCCAAACGGUAAACUUAACGGAUGCUUCGCUCGAGAACCCUUUGGGUAUGGAGAUGCUUAGGAUAUUGCGUUUUAAGGACAACAAAGUUUUUCAAAAUAUAAGGAGGUUCUCUGUGAUUGGCAGCAUUUUGUGCGAUGAGGACGUGGAGUUCCUAGCUAAUCUAACAAAUUUGGAAAGUCUCUCUAUUAUUAGAAACUCAAAAGUUACAGGCAAAAACAUCGCCGAGCUCAGCAGCGUUAAGGAGCUCCAACUAAGUGGUUGCGAAAAUUUAAGCCAUUACUAUCUAGUAGACAUACUGAACUCAUUGUCACUAAGCUCGCUUGACAUACGAAACAGUACGUUCACUGACGUCGCCAUGCACCUCACGAACCUCAUGUGGUUGCGCUGUGAAACGCUCGUUACACUCAAAGUCGACUGGCGGUUGGAGCAUACAAUUACGACACUACAAACUCUUCGGACAUUAAAAGAUUUUGAAGUGCGAAAUUUCAACACACAUCCGUGUGCAAUUUGUAUGCGAAACGAACUGCUGCCGGUACAAGGUCAGAACUACCAAAUUCUACCAUUGCGCUGCGCAUGCGCUGACGAGCCAGAGGCACGUUUAACACAACGCUUCUUUCGCACGCUUAUCGCGCGUACCAGCAUCACGAAGCUCACACUUGAAGCUGAAGUUUUGUGCCGAAAUCUCAAUUACUUGCCGCACCUGCAACGUCUAACGCACCUUAGUAUCAUUGCGAAGAAAAUCGGACUCGAUGGUCUCUGCAUCCCACUGAAUUUCCCACAAAUGGUUGGACAGCUUGUGAACUUGGAGUAUUUGUAUUUAGCGCGGUUUUUCUACUGCUUCGACGACGUAAUAUACAUAGUGAGCAGAUGCAACAGACUUAAUGAGGUUAGGUUGAAGCAAUGUGUUGGUUUCUCGGAUGUGGUGGCUUAUGAUUUAGUUGAGGUUUUGAAGCGGAAGCGUACUAAGGAUCAGCUGCCGUUCAGAUUUUAUAUGCUUAACUUGAAGGAUGACUCAAGUGAGACAUGCAGUGAAAAUUCGAGCGGCAGUCACCAGGCAGUUAACCGCUUUGAGGAUAUUGCAGAUUAUAUAAAAGUGAUCUUUCUUUAACAACGAAUAAUCAAGCAACAAAUUAAUAACGGGAUAAUAAAUGUAAAGUUUUGACAGAGAAAACUUUAUUUAUUGCCGUUUUGAGCAUUGAAGAGAGGGUUUCGCAACAAACACUUGUCGUCACUUAUAAAUGGUUUCAUCUACAUAGAUAAAUCAGUUUUGGCGCUAUGGGCAUCAAGUCUAUCCAAAUAUUUUUGUUUAGCUUCCCUACGGCGGAAUUAGGCAAUGGAGACAAAUAUUGGACAUUUCAGGACUAUCUUCUUUUAUAUUUUUUAAAGCUCUAUUUCCACAAAAAAUCGAUGUUCUUCAAGUCAUUUUUCAAACUUCGGUUGACAAAUGGCCGCCUCGGUUUAUAAAAGUCUCAGGUCUCUGCUAGAAGUUAGAUGCUACGAUCUAUGGCUGAAAUCUAUUGCAUAAGGAUGUAAAUAAAUAAAGUAAAAUAUACGGACAGCCCAAUGAACAUGAACUUCAUACACUAUGGUUUCGGAAUGGCGCUAAUCUCGACUGACUGAAAACAUAUAACAUACAUUUAUAUGAGUAAGCUAGUUCUACAACGUUAGUCCCUCACGUGGUAAUAUCGAAACUACUGAAGAUCGCACAGCAGGCAGAUAAUAGUCGAAAACCGGCAAGAGUCAUUUUGUAAGUCACAAACGACCGAGUUGGUUCAUAAACGAGUCAGAUUAAUUAUGAAAGUCAGAUGCUACGAGCUCUGGCUGAAACCUAUUGCAUUGCAAUGGACAUAAAUAAACUAAAUUUUAGCAGCAUA